AUGUACCCUACCACAGGUGUCAACACCCCCCAGAGCGCCGCCUCAUUAAGACCACUGGUGCUAUCGCACGGCCAAACUGAGCACUCGCUGCUGGUGCCCACCUCUCUGUACAUCAACUGCACCACGCUCCGAGACCAGUUCUACGCCUCUCUACCUCCAGCCACUGAAGACAAGGCCGACGAUGAUGAGCCCUCCUCCUCCACAGAGCUUCUAGCUGCCUUCCUGGGAUUUACUGCCAAGACCGUCGAGGAAGAGCCCGGACCAUACGACGACGUUCUCUCUCUCGUGCUUAACGAGUUUGAGACCCGGUACUUGCGAGGUAACGACAUCCACGCUGUGGCCUCCUCCUUGUUACAAGACGAGGACGUGCCUACCACCGUUGGUAAGAUCAAGAGGGUGAUUCGAGCCUACUACGCCGCACGAAUUGCCUGCAACCGGCCCAUCAAGGCCCACUCGUCGGCUCUGUUCCGAGCCGCAUCUGAAGACUCGGACAACGUCUCUCUGUACGCCAUCUUCGGUGGCCAGGGAAACACCGAGGACUACUUUGAGGAACUGCGGGAGAUUUACGACAUCUACCAGGGGCUGGUCGGCGACUUCAUUCGGGAAUGUGGAGCCCAGCUUCUGGCGCUGUCUCGAGAUCACAUUGCUGCUGAGAAAAUUUAUACCAAGGGCUUUGAUAUCGUCAAGUGGCUGGAACACCCCGAGACCAUCCCCGACUUUGAGUACCUAAUUUCUGCUCCCAUCUCUGUACCCAUCAUCGGUGUUAUCCAGCUGGCACACUACGCUGUCACCUGUCGAGUUUUGGGUCUUAAUCCUGGCCAGGUCCGAGACAACCUCAAGGGUGCCACUGGCCAUUCUCAGGGUCUGAUCACCGCAAUUGCCAUCUCUGCCUCCGACUCGUGGGACGAGUUCUAUAACUCUGCCUCUCGAAUUCUCAAGAUCUUCUUCUUCAUCGGUGUCCGUGUCCAACAGGCUUACCCCUCCACUUUCCUGCCUCCCUCCACUCUGGAAGACAGUGUCAAGCAGGGUGAGGGCAAGCCCACUCCCAUGCUGUCCAUCCGAGACCUGUCUCUCAACCAGGUUCAGGAGUUCGUCGAUGCCACCAACUUGCAUUUGCCCGAAGAUAAGCAGAUCGUCGUGUCUCUGAUCAAUGGUCCUCGAAACGUUGUCGUUACUGGCCCCCCCCAGUCUCUGUAUGGUCUGUGUCUUGUGCUUCGAAAACAGAAGGCCGAGACCGGUCUGGACCAAAGCCGAGUGCCCCACAGUCAGCGAAAGCUCAAAUUCACACAUCGUUUCCUGCCCAUCACCUCUCCUUUCCACUCGUACCUGCUGGAGAAGAGCACGGAUCUGAUCAUCAACGACCUGGAGUCUUCCGGUGUGGAGUUUGUGUCCUCCGAGCUCAAGGUGCCUGUUUACGACACCUUUGAUGGCUCCGUGCUGUCUCAGCUACCCAAGGGUAUCGUCAGCCGUCUGGUCAACCUCAUCACUCAUCUGCCCGUCAAGUGGGAGAAGGCCACUCAGUUUCAGGCCUCCCACAUUGUGGACUUUGGUCCCGGUGGCGCUUCUGGUCUUGGUCUGUUGACCCACAAGAACAAGGAUGGAACUGGAGUGCGAACUAUUCUUGCUGGUGUCAUUGACCAGCCCCUCGAGUUCGGCUUCAAGCAGGAGCUGUUUGACCGACAGGAGUCGUCCAUUGUUUUUGCUCAAAACUGGGCCAAGGAGUUUUCUCCCAAGCUCGUCAAGAUCUCCUCCACCAACGAGGUCUAUGUCGACACCAAAUUCUCUCGUCUGACUGGCCGAGCCCCCAUCAUGGUCGCUGGUAUGACCCCUACCACUGUCAACCCCAAAUUUGUGGCUGCCACUAUGAACUCCGGCUACCACAUCGAGCUUGGUGGUGGAGGCUACUUUGCCCCCGGUAUGAUGACCAAGGCCCUUGAACACAUUGAGAAGAACACUCCUCCCGGAUCCGGUAUCACCAUCAACCUGAUCUACGUCAACCCUCGACUGAUUCAAUGGGGUAUUCCUCUGAUUCAGGAGCUUCGACAGAAGGGUUUCCCCAUUGAAGGUCUCACCAUUGGUGCCGGUGUGCCCUCUCUGGAGGUUGCUAACGAGUGGAUUCAGGAUCUGGGCGUCAAGCACAUCGCCUUCAAGCCUGGAUCCAUCGAGGCCAUCUCCUCGGUGAUUCGAAUCGCCAAGGCCAACCCAGACUUUCCUAUCAUCCUUCAGUGGACCGGAGGUCGAGGAGGAGGACAUCAUUCGUUUGAGGACUUCCACGCUCCCAUUCUGCAGAUGUACUCCAAGAUCCGACGAUGCAGCAACAUUGUGCUGAUUGCCGGAUCUGGUUUCGGUGCUUCUACCGACUCCUACCCAUACCUCACCGGUUCAUGGUCCCGAGACUUUGACUACCCUCCCAUGCCCUUUGACGGUAUCCUGGUUGGUUCUCGAGUCAUGGUUGCCAAGGAGGCUUUCACUUCUCUGGGAGCCAAGCAGCUCAUUGUUGACUCUCCGGGUGUUGAGGAUUCUGAGUGGGAGAAAACCUACGACAAGCCCACUGGUGGCGUCAUCACCGUUCUCUCCGAGAUGGGUGAGCCUAUCCACAAGCUCGCCACUCGAGGUGUGCUCUUCUGGCACGAGAUGGACAAGACCGUGUUCUCCCUGCCCAAGAAGAAGCGUCUGGAAGUGCUCAAGUCCAAGCGAGCCUACAUCAUCAAGCGUCUCAACGACGACUUCCAGAAGACUUGGUUUGCCAAGAACGCCCAGGGACAGGUGUGUGAUCUCGAAGACCUCACCUACGCGGAGGUCAUCCAGCGACUUGUUGACCUCAUGUACGUGAAGAAGGAAAGCCGAUGGAUCGAUGUCACUCUCCGAAAUCUUGCCGGCACUUUCAUUCGACGAGUUGAGGAGCGAUUCUCCACCGAGACAGGUGCCUCUUCUGUGUUGCAGAGCUUUUCCGAGCUGGAUUCCGAGCCCGAGAAGGUUGUCGAGCGGGUGUUUGAGCUCUUCCCUGCCUCUACUACCCAGAUCAUCAACGCUCAAGACAAGGACCACUUCCUCAUGCUGUGUCUCAACCCCAUGCAGAAGCCCGUGCCCUUCAUCCCUGUUCUGGAUGACAACUUUGAGUUCUUCUUCAAGAAGGACUCUCUGUGGCAGUGCGAGGACCUCGCAGCUGUUGUGGACGAAGACGUUGGACGAAUCUGUAUUCUUCAGGGUCCCGUUGCUGUCAAGCACUCCAAGAUUGUCAACGAGCCCGUCAAGGAGAUUCUCGACUCCAUGCACGAAGGUCACAUCAAGCAGCUGCUUGAGGAUGGCGAGUACGCUGGCAACAUGGCCAACAUCCCCCAGGUCGAAUGCUUUGGUGGAAAGCCUGCUCAGAACUUCGGUGACGUUGCUCUCGACUCUGUCAUGGUUCUUGAUGACCUCAACAAGACCGUGUUCAAGAUUGAGACCGGCACCUCUGCUCUGCCUUCUGCUGCAGAUUGGUUCUCUCUGCUGGCCGGUGACAAGAACUCUUGGCGACAGGUCUUCCUGUCCACUGACACCAUUGUGCAGACCACCAAGAUGAUCUCCAACCCUCUGCAUCGACUUCUGGAGCCCAUCGCAGGUUUGCAGGUUGAGAUUGAGCACCCUGAUGAGCCCGAGAACACCGUCAUCUCUGCUUUCGAGCCCAUCAACGGCAAGGUCACCAAGGUGCUGGAGCUGCGAAAGGGUGCCGGAGACGUCAUUUCGCUGCAGCUGAUCGAAGCGCGUGGCGUUGACCGAGUCCCCGUUGCUCUUCCUCUGGAAUUCAAGUACCAGCCCCAGAUUGGCUACGCUCCCAUUGUUGAGGUUAUGACCGACAGGAACACCCGAAUCAAGGAGUUCUACUGGAAGCUGUGGUUUGGCCAGGACUCCAAGUUUGAGAUUGACACCGACAUCACCGAGGAAAUCAUUGGCGAUGACGUUACCAUCUCUGGCAAGGCCAUUGCCGACUUUGUCCACGCUGUUGGCAACAAGGGCGAGGCCUUUGUUGGUCGAUCUACCUCUGCUGGUACUGUCUUCGCUCCCAUGGACUUUGCCAUUGUUUUGGGCUGGAAGGCCAUUAUCAAGGCAAUCUUUCCCCGAGCAAUUGAUGCUGACAUUCUGCGUCUGGUACAUCUGUCCAACGGCUUCAAGAUGAUGCCUGGCGCCGACCCUCUGCAGAUGGGUGAUGUUGUUUCCGCCACUGCCAAGAUCGACACUGUCAAGAACUCCGCUACCGGCAAGACUGUUGCUGUUCGAGGUCUUCUCACCCGAGACGGCAAGCCUGUCAUGGAGGUUGUUUCCGAAUUCUUCUACCGAGGCGAAUUCUCCGACUUCCAGAACACUUUUGAGCGACGAGAGGAGGUACCCAUGCAACUGACCCUCAAGGACGCCAAGGCCGUGGCCAUUCUCUGCUCCAAGGAGUGGUUUGAGUACAAUGGCGACGAUACCAAGGACCUCGAGGGCAAGACCAUUGUGUUCCGAAACUCGUCAUUCAUCAAGUACAAGAAUGAGACCGUCUUCUCUUCUGUGCACACCACCGGUAAGGUAUUGAUGGAGCUGCCCUCCAAGGAGGUCAUUGAGAUUGCCACUGUUAACUACCAGGCUGGCGAGUCUCAUGGCAAUCCCGUCAUUGAUUACCUGGAGCGAAAUGGAACCACCAUUGAGCAGCCUGUUGAGUUUGAGAAGCCCAUCCCUCUGUCCAAGGCAGAUGAUCUUCUCUCCUUCAAGGCUCCUUCUUCCAACGAGCCCUACGCUGGUGUGUCCGGUGACUACAAUCCCAUCCACGUGUCUCGAGCCUUUGCUUCCUAUGCAUCCCUUCCUGGAACCAUCACCCACGGUAUGUACUCUUCUGCUGCUGUUCGAUCUCUGAUUGAGGUCUGGGCUGCCGAGAACAAUGUGUCUCGAGUUCGAGCCUUCUCCUGUCAGUUCCAGGGCAUGGUUUUGCCCAACGACGAGAUUGUGACUCGACUGGAGCACGUUGGCAUGAUCAACGGUCGAAAGAUCAUCAAGGUUACCUCCACCAACCGGGAGACCGAGGCUGUUGUUCUGUCUGGCGAGGCUGAGGUCGAGCAGCCCAUCUCCACCUUUGUCUUUACUGGCCAGGGCUCUCAGGAGCAGGGCAUGGGUAUGGACCUGUACGCCUCUUCCGAGGUGGCCAAGAAGGUCUGGGACAAGGCUGACGAGCACUUCUUGCAGAACUACGGUUUCUCCAUCAUCAAGAUCGUUGUGGAGAACCCCAAGGAGCUGGAUAUUCAUUUUGGAGGCCCCAAGGGUAAGAAGAUCCGAGACAACUAUAUCUCUAUGAUGUUCGAGACCAUUGAUGAGAAGACCGGCAACCUCAUUUCCGAGAAGAUCUUCAAGGAGAUUGACGAGACCACCGACUCUUUCACCUUCAAGUCCCCCACCGGUCUGCUUUCUGCUACCCAGUUCACUCAGCCCGCUCUGACCCUCAUGGAGAAGGCGUCCUUUGAGGACAUGAAGGCUAAGGGUCUUGUCCCCGUGGAUGCAACCUUUGCUGGUCACUCCCUUGGUGAGUACUCCGCUCUUGCUUCUCUUGGUGAUGUCAUGCCCAUCGAGUCUCUUGUUGAUGUCGUCUUCUACCGAGGUAUGACUAUGCAGGUUGCUGUUCCCCGAGAUGCCCAGGGUCGGUCCAAUUACGGUAUGUGCGCUGUCAACCCCUCUCGAAUCUCUACCACCUUCAACGACGCUGCUCUUCGGUUUGUCGUUGACCACAUCUCCGAGCAGACCAAGUGGCUGCUUGAGAUUGUCAACUACAACGUUGAGAACUCUCAGUACGUGACUGCCGGUGACCUGCGAGCUCUCGACACCCUCACCAAUGUGCUCAACGUGCUCAAACUCGAGAAGAUCAACAUUGACAAGCUGCUCGAGUCUCUGCCUCUGGAGAAGGUCAAGGAGCACCUUUCUGAGAUCGUCACCGAGGUGGCCAAGAAGUCCGUUGCUAAGCCUCAGCCCAUUGAGCUGGAACGAGGCUUUGCCGUGAUCCCUCUCAAGGGCAUCUCUGUGCCUUUCCACUCUUCGUACCUGCGAAAUGGUGUCAAGCCCUUCCAAAACUUCCUGGUGAAGAAGGUGCCCAAGAACGCUGUCAAACCUGCCAACCUCAUUGGCAAGUACAUCCCCAACCUCACUGCCAAGCCCUUUGAGAUCACCAAGGAGUACUUUGAAGAGGUUUACAAGCUCACCGGUUCCGAGAAGGUCAAGAGCAUCAUCAACAACUGGGAGUCUUAUGAGUCCAAGCAGUAA